UGAGCUGUCUCUAGAUUGGAAGCAUCACAGCCUUCCUCAAGUGAUGGCAAACAGAGUGGGCGUAGUAAGAAAUGGAGAGAGAUGCUGAAGUUGCCACCAGUUAGUCAUUGUGAAGGUAUUAGAUGCUCAAUCGAAAGAGACUAUAACCAGCUUUGUGACAAACAGCCAAUAGGAAGACUUCUCUUCAGACAAUUCUGUGAUUCCAGACCAGAUUUGAAACGAUGCAUUGAAUUUCUGGAUGCAGUGGCAGAAUAUGAGGUAUCUUCAGAUGAAAAGCGUAUAGACUGUGGCCUGAAAGUUUUAGAGACGUACUUCACUAAUGGGUCUGCAGCACACUUGCCAGAAAUACCUCAGGAAACAGUAAAUGAAUGUAAAGCAAGACUGGAAAAGAACCCUUCUAAGGACCUUUUUAUUGACUGUACUAGAAUUGUCCAUGAAUACCUAAGCAGAAGACCUUUUGAAGCUUACCAAGAAAGUGUGUAUUUUUCCCGUUUUUUACAGUGGAAAUGGCUGGAAAAGCAACCAGUAACCAAACACACAUUUAGGCAUUACCGAGUACUAGGCAAAGGUGGAUUUGGAGAGGUGUGUGCCUGUCAAGUACGGGCAACAGGAAAAAUGUAUGCUUGUAAAAAGCUAGAAAAAAAGAGAAUAAAGAAGAGAAAAGGAGAAUCAAUGGCUCUGAACGAAAAGAGAAUUCUAGAAAAAGUGAAUAGUAGGUUUGUAGUUAGUUUAUCCUAUACAUAUGAGACGAAAGAUGCCCUGUGUUUAGUAUUAACCAUAAUGAAUGGAGGGGAUUUGAAGUUUCACAUAUAUAAUAUGGGAAAUCCUGGCUUUGAUGAAGAAAGGGCUAUUUUCUAUGCUGCAGAACUGUGUUGUGGUCUGGAGGAUUUGCAGAAGGAGAGAAUUGUUUACAGAGACUUGAAGCCUGAGAAUAUACUCCUUGAUGACUGUGGACAUAUCAGAAUUUCAGAUCUUGGAUUAGCUGUGCAGAUUCCAGAAGGAGAAACAGUCCGAGGACGGGUUGGGACUGUUGGUUACAUGGCUCCAGAAGUGCUCAAAAAUGAAAAGUAUACAUUCAGUCCGGAUUGGUGGGGUCUUGGGUGCUUGAUUUAUGAAAUGAUUGAAGGACAGUCUCCAUUCAGGAAGCAUAAGGAAAGGGUCAAACGGGAUGAGAUUGACCGGAGAGUAAAGGAAGACCAGGAAACAUAUUCAGACAAGUUCUCAGAGGAGGCAAAAUCCAUCUGCAGGAUGUUACUUGCUAAAAAUCCAGGGGAACGACUGGGUUGCACCGAAGAUGGAGCUGCUAUUGUAAAGCAACAUCCUAUAUUCAAGAAUAUUAACUUCAAGAGGCUGGAAGCUAACAUGUUAGAACCUCCGUUCUUGCCAGAUCCACGUGCCGUAUAUUGUAAAGAUGUCCUGGACAUAGAGCAGUUCUCAACAGUAAAAGGAGUGAACCUGGAUACUACAGAUGAUGACUUCUAUUCCAAAUUUGUUACGGGUUGUGUCUCAAUCCCUUGGCAAAAUGAGAUGAUUGAAACAGGAUGCUUUGAAGAUAUCAAUGCAUAUGAAGCUGAUGGUACUGUGUCACCAGAGAGAGAGAGGUCUCCUAAACCAAAGAGAGGUUUCUUUCACAGACUUUUUAGUGGAGAGGUCUGCUUUAAAUCUGAUUGCAGUGAUGAUGAGCAGGAGUCCUCCAGACUUUAAAUCAUUUUACUCUCAUCAGAAAGGAUGAGCAAACUUUAAAUGUUUUAUAUCUCUGUAGCAAAGUGUAUUAUAUAUAUUUUUUAUCUGAGUUCAAGGAUUUUUGUACAUUUGUACUUCAUUUGUUUUAAGAUGUAUAUUUUCACUAAAGCUUAAUUGUACAAAAAGCAAUGAGUGCCAUUUGAGUGAGUGUGUGUCUGUAUUUGAUUUACCUUGAUUUUUUUUUUCCAGUGGAACGAGUCUAGAAAUACUAAAAGGAUUUUAAAGCACAGAGAUAAUAUCUAUGGCAUCAAUGUAACUUGAUGUUGUAUGCUCCUGGUAAAAGUCUUCUUGUUCGUUAGGAUCUUUAUUAGCAGUUUUCUCAACAGUAAAAUUACUGUAUUGAUAAAUUUCGUAAUUCUGGUAUUAUCCAGCAGCAUGGCAGUGCUAUUACCUAAUAUAUCUCUCAAGCAGCUGCUAAGGAAAAAGGAAUUCAGUGCACUGUGGCCAGCUAUUAUGAAUUGCUCUUUACUCUCUGGCUUUGUAGAAUGUCCUUCUGUAUUUCUAUAUAUAGAGAAUUCUGAACAUUUAGCUUAAUCCUGUAACAAACUGUAUUACCCCAUUCUUCUCCUUUCUACCCAUCUUACACAUCCUCUCCAUACAGCUUCUUGGCAUGGACCAUGCAAGUAGACCUAUGCCAAAGUUUUAUAACUGUAUUUUGAAUACUUUGUUGUCUUUACUAAAAGGAUUUCUUUUUACCUGUGGGGACAUCUGUUUAUUUUUUUUCUGUAAAUGAAAAUAUUUACAACUCCAUGUAGGAUGUUACAGUUUUAUAAUGGGUUAAAAAACAAAGCAUGGACUCUUCUUACUAACCUCCUCUGUGCUUAUUAUGUUGUAAUAUGCAAUGUUGUAGGGUUGACAGCACUCACUGCCACUGAGGGAAGGACAAGGUAGUAUUAAGUAUCAAAUUCACUUAUGUAAAUAAUCUUUCCUUAUAACCUUUAAAAACUUAAACAUUAAAACCUGCCUUUAAUGAUUUCUGGAUGCAGAUGUGGAGCUGGUAUUGAGGUUUUAGUUACUAUUACCUGAUGUUCAUUAGUAAAACUAAUUCCAGAUGCUUGAAAGCUUGUCAAACUUCCGUUCUUCUGGACUUAAAGUAUGCCAGACUUUCUUUUUAUUUUGUAAAGUUUCCAGUAAAACUAUUAAUAUGUGUAUGAGAAUGAAUUUAGAGAACACAUUUCAUUAAACGCCUCCUCUCCUGUUUUCAGAAUUUGUUAGGGACUUGAAAUAUAAAGAACGCUUUUUGAGUUGGAGGCAUGACUUUUGUUACAUAUUUUGUUCUGUAUUCUGAAGACUCAUCUCCACUCAGCAUGCAUUUUUUUUCCUCUCAAAUCUCUAGGGUGCCAACCAGACCACACAUGUAUUAUACACACAGAGCAACUCAAUAUCCCUCUACCUCAGAUAGGUUUCUGCUUGUGAUCUGCAGACCCAGUGGAAGAAACUUAAGCUGCUUCUGAGAAACUCCCAAGAUACAUUUGAUACUCAAGCUUAUUGUCAGGUUUUAAUUCAAAGUAUUUUGUCCCUAGUGGCAAAUGUUUUAAUGGGUUAGAAUUUGAAAAAAGUUGGAAAACCAGUGUGUUACAAAAUCCUACUGGGGCUGAGCUGGUUUCUAUCUGAAAUUGUUCCUCUUGGCUACUGUGCCACAUAAAUGAGAAAUGAGACUCUUCCUAUGUUUCCAGCGCUUUUUUCCUGAUGUCUGAAACAGCACAGAGGACAGCAAAAUGACUGCCAUAGAAAGUACAAAGGGAGAAAUUGGCAAGGAGAAAGUUUGAAUGAAUUACUGGAGGACAGUCUGAUGCAAUAGUGAAGGGAUGGGAGGCUUGACAGAGAAAUAGCUGAAGUAGGGGUGUUGGCUGGAACUACUAUGUGUGAGACAAUGAGCUGGCAUGGUCUGACCUGACCCUCUUUAUUAUAUACCACAAUAACAGAGGGACUCCAAAAAGAUGGGAACGGAGAAAUAGUGACGUUACAGAAGUGUUUUAUAAAUACCUACCUGGUUGGAGAAGUGAUCAUGUUUCUCUGAGUAAGGGGGUUAAUAUGAGGUGACAGUCUGGAUUUAAUGCCUGCUUAGAGCAACUUGAAAUUUGGGUAAGAAUACCAUGGACGCAAGUUGAGUCAUUUUUAUGAAGAAAAUACAGGAAUUGGCUUUAACAAAUAAAAAAAAAUAUCUGAAAGUCUAUUUAUCAUGUAUU